AUGCUUCCACAGCUCUCGCAUAUCUACCACCCUCUUCGCAUCCCUAAUAUUGGCAUACGCGCAAUCUACCCGGCGACGAAACAUGCGCCCGAUCAUGUCGACGAAAUAGCCAUUGCCACUAUAUACUUGAUGGUGAUGAUGAUACUGGCUGUUUUGAUACGACUGGCCUUUCGGCUUCACAUGCUUCGCUCACUAGAAUGGGACGAUGGGACUAUAUCGCUUGCACUGAUCUUCGCUGUUGCACAAUGUGCUGUCAUUCUUGCUGGAACGAGGAAUGGGUUAGGCAAGCGAGAAUUGAGCCUCAGUGACACGGAAGUCCAAACACUAGAGAAGGUUCUCUAUUCAUCGGAAAUUCUAUACAUUCUUGCUCUUAGCUUAGCAAAGACCUCAGUACUGCUACUCUUGAACAGGUUGGCUGUUAACAAGUGGCAUAAGCGGAUUUCAUUCUGGACGUCAAUUCUGGUCGGUAUUUGGACUGUGCCAGUCCUUUUCACUCUGGCACUACAAUGCGGAGUGCCUAAUCCUUGGGAUCUUAGCGAAGGCCAUUGCGUAGAUAGUGUACGAAUGCAGUUCGCCUUCUGGACAGGAAUCUCCCCUAUCGACAUAAUAACAGAACUCGUCAUCUGCAUCCUACCUAUGUACAUCGUGAAACCAGUCCAGGUCGUCUCCGGGAAGAAAGUCACCGUUGUGGUUGCAUUUUUCAUCCGCAUCUUCGUUAUCAUGACCACAGUUAUUCGCCUCAUCCUCAUGCGCCACUCCCAGUCCUCUUCCUUCACGGACAUGAACGACGCCGCGUUUGCAACAACCAUCACAACAGAAUGCGUCCUCUGCGUCAGCAUCAUGACAGCCUGUAUCCCGUGCCUGAAACCGUUCCUCGAUGCCUUUGACAGCGGCAUGCUCAACGUAUCUUUACAUAAGCGCAUUGGUGAAGGCAGCAAUAGCAACUCUUAUGGCAAUGCGUACGCGAUGACGAGUAUGAGCAAAGGUGUUAAAGAAUCAGCCACUAGGUCACGGUACAUGGAGGAUGAGAUCGAGGGCUUGGGCACUUCUGCUGCAGCGUUUGCUGUCACAUCUCCGGGUCAGUCAUUGGGUAGGAGGGAUUCAACUCUGGUCAUUCAGAGAACAGAUCAGUGGAGCGUAAGGUGCGAAUACGUUGAUCCGAGGAAUGGGUCUGUUGAGGAUGUGACGGAGCGGUCGGAGAAUAGUGUGGCUAGGUGUGAACAUUCUUUGUAG